CGUCUUUCUCUUGCAUCUUCAACCCGUGAGAAGUCUCCAACAAUCACAUUAAUCAAUCGCUCGGGCUUUAGGGUUUUUGCGCGCAUCUGGAUCUGUGAGCAAUUCAGAUGGGUUCGGACGACGUCGUAGAUAGCUUGGAGAAAGGGUUACUAUCCGAAACUGCAAAUGAAGCUGAAGAUGAAAUAGUUCUGUAUUCAGCUUCGUUUCAGGAGAUGGAGGAGAAUUAUGUGAAGUUCCGAACAGCACAGUGGCUUCUUUACUCUUUGCUUUUAAUAUUGGCAUGGGGAAUUGGGUUCUUCAUGCUGCUUUAUUUACCAGUCCGAAGAUACAUUUUGCGCAAGGAUAUUCGGUCCAGAAAGCUCUAUCUCACUCCUAAUGCCAUUGUCUACAAGGUUACAAAGCCAGUUCCAUUUCCAAUUUUUGGGGUGCUGAAGAAAGAAAAGCAUGUUUUGUUGCCUUCAGUCGCUGAUGUUGUAAUUGAGCAAGGAUAUCUGCAGUCUCUCUAUGGUGUCUACUCACUUAGAAUAGAGCAUGUUGGUGUCAGAAGGCCGCCAAGCGAUGAUGUUCAAAUCCAUGGCAUUGCAAAUCCCAGUGCUUUCAGGAAGGCUGUCCUCAUGCGCCUGUCAAGCAUGACGAAUGAGGUUUUCUCUAGACAAGUUUCCACGCUUGAAGACAUUCCCAAUUUGAGGCUUCAGAUGUCCCCGUCAAAGCCCCUCAGGUAUGGGGAUUUAACACUACUGCAGAAACUUGAUGAAGUUGGAACUUCUGUAAAGAGAGUUCAAACAUUACUUGAGGAGCGCCCUCCAACAUCAGAACCUAUAGAAUGAAUAUGUGAUGCAGGAUAUGCAGGACGUCUGUAAUUUGACAUCAGGCCCUUCCCUGGUACAACAUGCAUGCCACCCGAUACCCAUUUUAUCAUCACACCUAUCUCAGCUGACAAUCCAGCAGUGCAUUUUACAACCCCACAAACAUGAGAUAUGCUUCCAACGUGUCUGUUGGUGAUUUUGGUGUACUUUGUAUCUUAUCAUUUGCAAAUAUAGAAAUUUUCCCGUGUAAAUUUUUUGUUAUGAUUCUCCCCAUUGAGGUUUGUUGUGUGCUGUUCUUUUCACGAAAAAGAUUUCCUUUUUGUUUUCAUUUCUAUUUCUCUCCUGUAAUACACUGGAAAUUCCGUUCCCUAUAUUUGAAAAUUGUUCCAUUUUUAACUA